AAAUUUUGAUUUUUGAUUUUUUUUUUCCUUCCGUUCGCCAUUUCUCUAACCUCAGUUUUCGUUCAAUUAAGGUCCGGCAUUUUUCUAAUUUUUUUUUUUGCGAUCGAUAUCUGUUUUGUUCGUUCUGAGAUACAUUGUUGUGAUUUGGUUAUAGAUUUCCGUAGUAAUUGAUUUGAUUGAGUGAUUGAUUGAUAAGGUUUCUGUUUCACUGUGGAGAGUUUUUCAAUUUUUUCCUCAGUUUUUGCUCGAAAUAUUGAAUUUGAGGUAAUGUAUUUCUUACUGCCGAAGUUUCACUAAAAAGUUCUGUGAGUUUGAUUUUUUAUGGUUUUGUAUUUUCCUUACGCCGUUCUGUGAACAUCGGUUUUCGUUUAAUUAAUGUCUGAUUUUUUUGUUCGUUGCGAUUGAUAUAUGUUUUGUUUGUUUUGAGAUGCAUUGUUGUGAUUAACAUAGAUACUAAGGUUUGUGAUUUGGUUAUUGAUUUGAGUGAUUGAUCAGAUUUUGGUGUCAGAACGGAAAAUUUCACUUUUUUUGGGUGAAGCUAAGUGAGUAUUGAGGUUUUGGUUUCACAACGGAAAUUUCUCUUCUUUUUUUUCUCGGCUCGGAAAUUGGAAUAGCUAAGUGAGCUUUGAGGUUUCGACUUUCACCAUGAGUGCUGGUGCUACCAACCAGUUGAUAUCUGUUAGUCCUCCAGAGCUCAAAUUCCAAUUUGAGUUGGACAAACAAAGCUACUGUGAUCUUAAAGUCACAAACAGCUCAGAUCAAUGUGUUGCUUUUAAGGUGAAAACUACUUCUCCAAAGAAGUACUUUGUCCGACCAAACACUGGUAUUAUACAGCCUUGGGAUUCAGGUUUCAUUCGAGUCACCCUUCAAGCUCAAAAGGAGUACCCACCGGAUAUGCAAUGCAAGGACAAAUUCCUCCUACAGAGCACAAUUGUGACUAGUGAUAUUGAUGAACUUCCUCCAGAUACCUUUAAUAAGGAUGGUGGAAGAACUGUAGAAGAGUGCAAGCUUAGGGUUGUUUACAUGUCUUCUCAUUCAUCUCCUGGACCUUAUGAAGAUGUAUUUCGACAAAGCACUGAUUUCACCUCUAAUCAAGCGUUGCAGCGUAUAAAAGAUGAAAGGGAUGCAGCUGUCCGACAAACACAACAGCUGAUACAGGAUCUGGAAAUGAUGAAGAGACGAAGAAAUCGGAAUGAUCCAGGCUUCUCUCUAAGGUUUGCAAUUGUUGUGGGAGUCAUUGGCCUAAUGGUUGGCUUUCUGCUGAAAUUGUUGUCUUCACCUUCAGUAGAAUAGCUUCCAUUAGGGUAAGUUGUCUACAUCAUUCCCCUUGGGGUGCGUCCCCCCGCCCCAACUAAUGUGGGAUACUUUGUGCACCGGGCUACCCUUUUUUACCUUCAGUAGAAUAGCUCAAGUUUCUUCAUUCUCGGAUUUGACUGUAGAAUUUUCUAUUUUUGAUGAAGCCUGAGAGAAGAGCUUGCUUAGCUCUAUUAAUUUUGUGUAAAUUGAUUAACUUAUAAUUUUCUUAUAAUC